AUGGGUGCCUCCUUGAAAUUGCAAUGGUUAGCAUCUACAAUGGCAAAUUGGAACUAUAAGGACCUUAGUGGAACUUGGACCAAACUACAAGGACCAAAAGUGAUAUUUGCUGUACUUUUAGAUGGAUCAACCACAUAUGGAUGGACAGGAAGAAAGCAGGGAGGCAUAGUAGAUAAUUCAUGGCGUUCGCACGAUAAUUACAUCCAGACAUCUAUUGGAAAACAUGGUAUAAUUAUUGAGUUCACUGAUCCAGAAUAUAGUACCAGGCGCAGCGCCACAUACUUACCUGAGAUUGCUGCACAUGAAGGAAGCCUAGAUACUACGUUGAAAACCUAA